ACCUGUGCUUAGCAAUGUGAAAAAAUUUGCCAAAAAACUGUUUAAAACAUAGGCUCGGCAGGCGAAAAUUAAUCGCGCUAUAUUGCAACCGAUAUUGCUAUCCAAAUCCGGUGCGAAAGCAGUGCGCCCGGCGCCAAAUCUCACCAACGGCGGGAGAAGCGGACACUGUCGGCGCCCCUUUUUUUUUGUAAACAAAUACACUGCGAGUAAUUAACAAAUGCUUCCGCACAACUCACGCACCUGAAUUCCGGCCCAACAAUGGACAAUAAGAAGAAGGACAUAUACAACCUGUGGGUGCAGUACACGACAAAGAACGAUGAGACCUACUUCCGGGAGUUCGUGGCCCGCUUUGUGGACAUUUGGCGGGGACAGCUGCAGCUGGAUUUCCGUGCCGACACCUGCCCCAUGUGGCAUGAAGUCCUCCCGGACAGUGGUCCCCACCUGGGACGUCUGCCGGACGAACUGCUGCCCGCCAUUGGCAAGUUUAUUAUUGUGGCAAGAGAUGCCUGCGAUACGGCCGGCCAGCUGGAGGAGGAGGCAAUCGAACGUGUAGCGGUGCUGAUAGACUGCCUGGUGAUUGUAUGCCGGCACUUUGACAAUAUUCUGGCUGUCAUCAAGUAUGAAUACAAGCCGAAUCUGAUAGCAAUACUUUCCAGGGUUUUUAAGCAGCAAAUGGAGCUACCUCAAGCCGUGCCAGCAAUUAGUCAUCUGUUUGAGAGUUUCUCGGCCUUCCUCGAGGUCAUGUACGAUCCGUAUUUGACGUGGCGGAGUUUUGUGCGCGGCCAGGCGGCGGAUUAUAGCCGCCUCUCGUACAAGCCACACUCGGUUCAUGUGGAAAUCGUGCCCUUUAUUUAUGAUUGCUUCCAGGAGGAGAAGCUGAUCCGAUAUGCCGAAAUAGGAGAAAGCCUGCUCAACAUCCUGGGCUCUGUGAUUUGCGGCUCACAGCGUAAUGGCAUGAAGGCCAUUUGCCCCGCCACAGUGUCCAUCACGAUGAGCAUCCUGCGGCAGUGGGAGAGCGCCAAUAGCCUGCGUCGUGUAGCCCUUAACUGCUACGCUUUGAUGGUUAUUGUCCUGCAGAAAUCUAGUCCGGAAGAACGCCAAAUAGACCUAGUUACGUUAGUUCAACUCUAUUGUGAUGCUCUCCAAGAGCUGCUGGCCACCAAGCACUUUGAAAGCGGCGAUGCAAACUUUGACAUAGCUAGCGACGCUGACCAGGAUGUGGUCAUUGAUAUGGCAGCUCUCUCGUGCACCGUGGCAGCUGUGAAACUGUUUCUAACCGGCGAUGCUGAUGUUAGUAGUGAGGCCAUCUGUGAAUCCAAUCUAAUGGAGCUGCUCAUUGGGCUGCCGAAGGUCAUAAAACCUUGGCACAUCUCCCACUCGACUUCGCUGUGCAGCACCAUGGAGGCACUGGGUACAUUGACCAGUUAUUCCUCGCAAUCCGCUGCCCAGCUGCGUCAGGGUGAACGUAUCGAAAGGCUCUUUGGCAGUUUGCAGGAGUUUGGUUGUCCAUCGGUGACCUUACUGGAUGCCAGCUUCUCGCUGGGAUACGAUGACAAGAAACACCUCUUGCUGCUGCCCGAGGUGAUGCUGCAGUUGCUCAAUUGGGUUCCCACGCUGCAGGAGCGGGAACAGCUGCAUGUAACCAAUCUAGUGCUCAAGGGCUGCACUGACAACUAUGGAACAAAAUCUGUGGCAUGUGGCAGUCACAUUAUCAAGGCUGUGUGCGGCUGCCUCUUGAAAGCAGAAUCCCUCGCCGAGAACUGCGUUCAGAACCUAAUCAAGCUCAUUGAGGAACUGAGCAAAGUCAGCAUUGUGCCCGCGGAGCUGAAGGCCAUCUUUGCAUUGCUACGACAGGGAACAAAGUUUCCCCAAAACAAGCAACUUCAGCAGACUCUGGUGGUGAUUGCAUUGCAAAGUUUACGGGGAAGCAACUCCUGCGCUCAGUACUUUUCCAUUGAGCAGGAAACGGAUGGAAUUGUUGUGCCAGACAUACGGAAUUGGACCAUCUCCGGCUCGUAUGGCUUCAUCUUUCACAUUCUAGUGCGCUUCAACCAGCUGAAGGAUCCGACCAGCAACACUCGCCGCCGCAUGCUUCUAAACCUGCAGACAGUCAGUGGCAAUAGUGGCUUUGAAGUGUUCGUGCAGCCCAAUGGUAAUGUUGUCGUAGCGGCUCUAACUCGUCGGGAGUACCUCACAUCGUCGACAGCUACAAAGACGCUAAUGGAUGGCCAGUGGCACUACCUAACGGUGGCCAUAACGCCGCCUAAGCGACCCUUCUCCUACAGUCAAAUCAACAUAUUUGUGGACUUCGUGCAGAAACUAAGCGCCACCCUCAAAGUGCAGGCUGUGAACGAACCCUUCACGGUGUGCUCCAUUGGCGCUGUGGUGGCGCCACCUCAAGCAGGUGAAGUGGCAAAGGCAGGAAUCAUGCCAAGGUCUUCGUCUCAGGAGAGUGGCUCUAGUGGAUACAAGGGCAUGUUGCCAAGCCUGUUGGAGCGAACUCUCUCAGCUAAUGUGUCCAACUACUUCACUUUGCCAAUGAGAACUCAGACCGCUUUCGAUCCGAAUGUCAAGAACUUUCCUAUUGGCAUGCAGGACACGGUAUUCGGGGAGCAGACCUGCUUGCAUGGUCACGUGGGUGGAGUGCUGUUGGCUGACCCCACGACCAGUUUGAAAACUAUCUUCGAUGCUGGCGCCAACUUUACUUCCAUAUUCUCGCAGGACAAUGAUAUCCUGGAGCUAAACUCCCGUUUCGUUUUCUGCUACGCCCCAGGAGCAGUCUGGCAUGGCACCUGCCAGGAUCUGAUACCCGGUGGCAAGUUUCCGGGAAGGAUAACUGCCCAGCACUGCAAGAUUGUCAAGAUCCAGGAGACGAUCAACAGCAUUGGUGGCGUGAGUGCCAUACUGCCCAUCCUCCAUCGAUUGGUGAGCUCGGAAGACCAGCCGGCGGACAUCUCGAUUGGAAGCGUAAGCGAGGAGUCGGCUUCUUGUGCUCCGACGCCCUCGGCCGAGGAGUUCACCGACUGGGAGAUGCUCUCCUCGAACUCGUACACCGAAUGGAAGAUGCUGCACCAGCCGCUGGCCAGCUUUCUUUGCCUGUUGCGUUACCUCACCCACGAGCACGAGACGAACCAGGAGCAGCUGCUUGGCAGCGAGUGCUUGGCCAUUGUGGGAACGAUGCUCCAGCGCUGUCCACCCGCACUGUUUGAUGUGAAUGCCUUGAUGGCAACCCAUUUGCUUAUGGAGUCGUUGCAGGGUCACAAGUCGGAGGCGGCGGCGGGCGGUCAGCAGCUCUUGGAUGCACUGUACGCUCACAUAGUCUUCGACUUUGCCAUCUGGUCGCGGCUGCAGUUCCAAAUCACACUGGGUCACGCUCAGUACCUAAGCGCCAUGAUUAAGAACGAUCGCAAGUUCUUCCGCAAGAAGUAUGGCGUCCAGUUUGUGCUGGACGUGGUGCGACAAUACUACUCCACGCCGGACAGCAUUAGCGACGACGAUGCCAAAACCAUCAGGGCCACUCUCUUUGGCAUAAUUCGGUUCUACUUGCAAAAGGAGGUGAACAUCAAGGAAGUAAAUGCCAUGGUAGCCUUCCUCGCCUCCGUGCGGCAGGAUGUAGUGCUGGUAGAGUUCCUGGAGAUGAUGACCUUUUAUAUACGCGGCAAGAACUGCAAGGAUCAGAUGGUUCUCCUCCUGCAUGAACCACAGUCUGCCAAUCUCAUCUACAACUUCUUCGUGGAUAAGAGCUACACCAACGAGAUCCAAGAGGCUGCAAUAAGGUUCAUCAGUGGAUUGCUGGCCACCUCGCGAGUUCAUCAGAAGUAUAAGCAAGUGCUCCGAUUGUAUGACCAGGGAAGUGAGCACAGCAUGUUCCCCGGCUUCUUCUCCUUUAUCACGCCGCUGUCCCUAAGCUCCACGAUUCUAUUUCACCUGGUAGACGAAAUGCUUGGUCUGCAGCCAGACUAUGCGGGCCUAAUCUUCCUGGUUUAUCAUGUGAGCACCUGUGAUCUCCCGGUUAAGCUGGAGAUAGCCAAGCGGCUCCUGCAAACCACCUUUGUCAAGCAGCACUCAACGGUGGCGAUGGCCAAGCAAACGGGCUGGCAGGAGUCCAUUGCUCGCCUGCUCAUCCGCAAACCUAUCACUAAUUCACCGCCCGACGAGGAGAAGCGGCGCAGUUUCGGUAUCAACAUGGACAUGGUGCUGCUGGAGGACAACUCAAGCUUCCUGGCCCAAGCGGAUCUCAUAACAUUCUCGGAGCAGGAGAUCGGUUUGGCUCAGUUGCAGCAACAGCAGCAAGAGGAGCUCAGCGACAGCGGUCUGAUUCUGAAUGAGAUCCAGGCGAGUGUUUCAGAGGCGGCCACCGUUAUCGAAAGUGAAAUUAAAGAACUGGCUGAAUCCGUAUCCGGAGCUGUCGUUGAGAAUGCCAGCAGCUUGUUCUCUGUCAUCCGACAGACCACUCACGACAUCCAGGAUACCUUUGAGUCCCUCACGUUAGGCAGCUCUACAGAUACUGCCGAUGGCUCUCAGACACCUUCCAUUCAGCGAGAGGAAUCUUUGAGCUCGGAUAGUUCCACACAGUCGCCGCAUGAUCCACCAAAGAAAAGUGAUUCCCUGGAGAGCACCUCCGCCUUUGAUUUUGUGCCCGAUGGCGAUGUGGACACUGAGGAGCAGUUGGUGUAUCUAGUCUCAAAUACGCUCUUCAAUAUCUUUUGGCGAGGCAUACCCAACGAUCAUCCGCACUGCUGGCAGGAGCGUGGACAGGUCUUGGGCUGCAUCAAUCUACUGGCUUUGAAUAACGAGCUGAUUACCUCGCAUCUCUCGCUGCGCCUGCGCAUCUUGGAGAUGGCCGUACAGGCCUCGCUGUUCGACCUUUCGGAGCAUGGCAGCCAGACGUUGGUGAACCAGGAGAACGCCUCGCAUAUUCUGCGCAUGGUUUACGAACUGGUUGUGCUCGGCUCCAACGAGGACGAAUCGAAAAAGUGUUCCACCAAGCUGCUGGACGGAGUCUUGGCUCUGCUUGAUGCUUUGAUGAUCUUCCAACAGGGUUCCUCAGACGAUUGGUCUGAUAUGAUCCGAUUGUGCUUGGGCCUGUUGCUCAAGUGCUCGCAUCAUCCGAAUCCUGGCAUUGUGGCCAUGGCCACAGCCAAGCUGCAUGCCAUACUCCAGAGUCGGUCCACGGAGGAUCCCUCGGAGCUAUCUUAUCUGCUGUAUAGCUUCAAUAGGGCCCUGGAUAAUGCCAUUGAAGUUGGCAACCCAGAGGAGUACUCUUUCUUGAUGCCUGUAAUGAAGGCAUUGCUGGAGAAAUGCCGCGUUGCUUUUAAUUUGGAUUCCACGCUUCCGGAUCUGCCUUCCACCUCGUCGGGCCCUGUGUUCUUUAACGAUUUCCAAAUGUACAGCACCAGUAAAAAGUGGAGAAACUUUAUUGAGCGCAUGGUAAAGCCCCUGUAUGAUCACUAUCAGCGCGACAUUGAGCUGCAUCUGUGGGAGCCCAUCAAUCGAUUCUGGGCGGAAUGCUAUGAGGCAUGUAAGGCCGCCUCCAAGCAGCGAGCAACGCAUCAGGCAGAGAACCGGCGCCUAUUCCAGCAAAAGAUCUACAUGCCAUGGAAGGUGCGGCAGGUGGAGGAGAUGCAGCGCCUCCAGGCGGCGGCAGUGCAUCACAAGACCGUCGAUAGUCACACACGGAAGCGGUGGAAGACCGCCAAGCGUUUCUUGUACGGGCCCCGAGGUCCCUGGUAUACGGGGGAUUUGGCUGAGGAGUUCUGGAAGCUAUCUCCCCAUGAAAAUGUGGCUAGGAUGCGUCUAAAACUGGAGCCUCAAUUAUAUCCCAACAAGCACGAAAAUGCUGCUAAUCUUCGGGACAAUGCAACCAGUGCCUAUGACACGAAGGAAAUCUCCGAGUUUGAUUCCACCAUCAAGAAUGCCGUGGUACGUGAUUUCCUCGCCGACGAUGAGAGUUCCCAGCUGGAGGAGGAGCUGCGUCAGCUUAUUGACACACAGGCGCAGCAGGAUGUGGCCCUGGAGAAGCUAGUGAUGUCACAGGACUGUGAACUCAUUACGCUAAUGACCAAGGUGAAGGGUCGCAUCGAAGUCAACCAGAGCGUGUUUACCUUUGUGGAUCUGAGUCCGCCCACGGAGGAUGCCUCCAAGCAUGACUUUAGAUUCUCGACGCACAAGAUACGAGAGGUGCAUCUUCGGAAGUACAAUCUGCGUAGGAGUGCCCUAGAGAUCUUUCUGGUGGAUCAGACCAGUUACUUCCUGAACUUUACCACGAAGACCCGCAACAAAGUCUUUACCAAAAUCGUUGGUCUACCGCUGCCGAAUAUAUUGUAUGGCUCCGGAAGAUCUCCAGCUGAGCUGCUGAGAGCCUCUGGCCUCACCCAGAGAUGGAUCAAUCGGGAGAUUUCCAACUUUGAGUAUUUGAUGUACCUGAACACUAUCGCAGGACGAUCCUACAAUGAUCUGAGCCAGUAUCCCGUCUUCCCCUGGAUCCUGGCAGACUACACCAGCGAUGUGCUGGAUCUGACCGAUCCCAAGUCUUUCCGUGACCUGUCCAAGCCUAUUGGAUGUAUUAACCCCAAAAACGAGGCUGAGGUGCGUAGCAAGUACGAUUCCUUUGAGGAUCCCUCGGGUGCCAUACCCAAAUUCCACUAUGGCACUCACUACUCCAAUUCGGCCGGCGUCCUGCACUAUUUAUUGCGCGUGGAACCCUUCACCUCGCUGCACAUCGACCUACAAAGCGGACGCUUCGAUGUGGCCGAUCGACAAUUCCAUUCGAUACCCCAGACAUGGAAGCUGCUAAUGGACAAUCCCAACGAUGUUAAGGAGCUGAUCCCGGAGUUCUUUUACUUUCCGGAGUUUCUAAAGAACAUGAACAAAUUCGACUUGGGUCACUUACAAAUCACCAAAGAGAAGGUUGACGAUGUCAUACUACCCGCCUGGGCCACCACGCCCGAGGAGUUUAUAGCCAUUCAUCGGCGUGCUUUGGAAUCGGAGUAUGUCAGCCAGCAUCUGCAUCACUGGAUCGAUUUGAUCUUCGGUUAUAAGCAAAAAGGACCCAAGGCUGCAGAGGCUUUAAACGUCUUCUAUUACUGUUCGUAUGAGGGUGCUGUGGAUCUGGAUAAGAUUACCAAUCCUGUGGAACGGGAGGCUGUGGAAGGCAUGAUCAACAACUUUGGCCAGGUGCCUUCUCAACUGCUAAGGGAACCGCAUCCUCGACGCCUCACCCAGGAUGAGACCGCCUUGAAGCUGGUUCGUGCCGAGCUUAGGCGACCGGAUCUCACCCAGUUUUUGGACAAGGUGGUGCAGUAUUACUGUGAGUUGUCCACGCCCAAGGAUCCCAUCGUGUACCUCAGUCCGCCGCGCAGUCCUCCGAGAUCCUUCCUGCAGCUCAGUCCCGAUGUUCUAGUCAGUAUAUCCAAAUCCACCAUAUUGGGUUGCAAUUCGUGGCUGUCGUUCGAUAAGGAUCAGGGUUUCCUGCUGGAAAUAGAUGCCACCACGGCCAAUCUAAAGAACCGCAAGCGUGUCUUUGGACCCUUCCAUGCCUCACAGCCGCCACACUCGCAGCUCUUUGCAGUGAGCACGGAUGGCAAGCUCCUGUACGCCGGUGGCAUUUGGGAUAACUCUCUGAGGGUUUACAACCUCAACAAGGGCAAGGCGGUGGCCUCCGUGACCCGCCACUUGGACAUUAUCACGUGCAUAGCCCUCGACAAUUGCGGGUCGUAUCUGGUGACGGGUUCGCGAGAUUGCACCUGCAUUGUGUGGAGCAUUCAGGCGAAUCAGCAGGGUGGCGGUGGUGGUGGCGGUUCCACCAGCAACAUCCCUGUGCAUGCGCUUACUGGCCAGUCGCACCUACAGGCCAUCACGCAGCUGAAUACACAGAAUAGCUACUCUCCAAAGCCUCGGACCGUGCUCUAUGGCCACGACGAUGCUAUCUCAAGUGUGGCCAUCUACACGGAGCUGGAUCUGGUGGUCUCCGGUUCACUGGACGGCACUGUGAAUGUGUACACGCUGCAGGAGGGUCAAUUUGUCAGGACACUCAAGCCCAUUGGCUGCACCGAGUCCUGUGUGCAAAUAUCCUUUGUUACUGUUUCCUAUCACG